AUGACUCUUCAAGUUAAUAAUGCUACUGUUGAUACUUCAUGUACAACUGGUGAUGUUAGAUUAGUUGGUGGUCCCAAUGAGUAUGAAGGAAGAGUUGAAAUAUGUUACAAUCAAAUGUGGGGAACUAUUUGUGACUAUGACUGGGAUUCAACUGAUGCUAACGUUGUUUGCAAACAGCUUGGCUAUCAGACAAUAGGGUCAGUAUCAUUGCGUGGCAGUUAUUAUGGAAGAGGGCAAGGACCAUUUGUUAUGAGACGCUUGUCUUGUUCCAGUAGUGACAGUUCACUAAUAGCUUGUAAUCAAAAUUUUCGUAAUAGCAUUGCUCUUUCUUGUGGUACAACUAGUGCAGCAAGUGUUGUAUGUUUAGGAUUUUGUAAUGAUGGUGAUAUUAGACUGAGAGGAUCAUCAGUGACAUAUGCUGGUCGUGUUGAACUGUGUGUUGAGAGAACAUGGACUACACUGUGUGAUCAAACAUGGGACUUUAAUGAUGCUGCAGUGACUUGUAGACAACUUGGAUACUCUUCAUAUGGUGCUAUACCAACAUACAAUUGCUAUACUGAGGGACAACUGUCAUUUGGUAUUACCAAUCUUAAUUGUACAGGGUCAGAAGGACAUAUUUUUAACUGUACACACAGUAAACCAGUUUUGCAUAAUUGCCUAUCACAUAAUGAUGCUGGUUUAAUUUGUCAAGCAUCUGUGCAACAAUCUAAUUGUACUGAUGGUGAGGUUAGAUUGGUUAAUGGUAGUGGUCCUCAUGAAGGAAGAGUUGAAGUGUGUAUUAAUGAAGCAUGGGGCACUGUCUGUUCUAACGGCUGGACUAAUACUGAUGCUAAUGUAGUCUGUAAACAAUUAGGAUAUCUAUUAAUGGGUGGAAGAGCAAGAUCUGGUAGUGAUCAUUUUGGUCCAGGAGUUGGUCCAAUACUGAUGGCUAGUGUUGAUUGUACUGGUAAUGAGGAAUCAUUAAUAGAGUGUAGGACAAGAUCAUGUGAUGUCACUACUUGCUCUCAUUAUAAUGAUGCUGGGGUCACCUGUGAACGUAACUAUACUGAUAGUGAGAUUAGGUUAUGUACUGAUGGUGAGAUUAGAUUAGGUGACGAUGCUGUCCUAAAGGGAAGAGUUGAAGUGUGUAUUAAUAACACAUGGACUACAAUCUGUGCUAGCUAUUGGACUGACAAAGAAGCUACUGUAAUUUGCUCUCAGCUAGGAUACUCACGCUAUG